AUGGCGGAGAAGCACCAAACCAAUGCCGCCGGCGCCAGGACCGUCUACUUGACGAUUUACAACGCCCUCUUUGCCUCCCUCUGGGCCUCCAUCCUCUACACCGUCGUCACCACCGCCGCUUCGGGCGGCAAGCUCGCCGUUUACGACGCCGCCGAGGCCCGCGCACGAUGGGUGCAGACCCUUACUCUCAUUGAGGUUGUGCACUCCGCCGUCGGACUCGUCCGGUCCCCCGUCAGCACCACCGCCAUCCAGGUUGUUGCCCGCACCAUCAUCGUCUGGAUGGUCUGCUACAGCUUCCCCGAGUCCACCGCCCCGUCCGCCGCCUACGUCGCGCUGCUGCUGUCCUGGGCCGUCGCCGACACCGUCCGCUACGCCUACCUGGCUCUGAACCUCCAUGGUAAGGCUUCGGACGCCCUCGUCUGGCUGCGCUACACCAUGUUCUACCCCCUUUAUCCCAUCGGCAUCUCCUCCGAGUUCUGGCUGCUGUACCUCGCCAUCGAGCCUGCCAGCCGCGUGAGCGCCGUGCUGCCCCCCAUCUUCUACUUUUGCCUGUGCCUUUACGUACCGGGAUCGUACACCAUGUACACCUACAUGAUCAAGCAGCGCAAGAAGACGCUGUCGAGGUCGAGCAAGUCGCAGUAG